AUGGAUUGUAAUAAAUCCUGUGGAGAGUCUGAGACCGGGUCGAGCAGACAGGGAGACAGGGACUGGGACGAGCAGACAGGGAGACAGGGACUGGGACGAGCAGACAGGGAGACAGGGACUGGGACGAGCAGACAGGGAGACAGGGACUGGGACGAGCAGACAGGGAGACAGGGACUGGGACGAGCAGACAGGGAGACAGAGACUGGGACGAGCAGACAGGGAGACAGGGACUGGGACGAGCAGACAGGGAGACAGAGACUGGGACGAGCAGACAGGGAGACAGGGACCGGGACGAGCAGACAGGAACCGGGUCGAGCAGAAAGGGAGACAGGGACUGGGUCGAGCAGACAGGGAGACAGGGACCGGGUUGAGCAGACAGGGACUGGGACGAGCAGACAGGAACCGGGUCGAGCAGACAGGGAGACAGGGACCAGGACGAGCAGACAGGGAGACAGGGACCGGGACGAGCAGACAGGGAGACAGGGACCGGGACGAGCAGACAGGGAGACAGAGACCAGGACGAGCAGACAGGGAGACAGGGACCGGGUUGAGCAGACAGGGACCGGGACGAGCAGACAGAGCUCAAAAUGA